GUAUUGUUAGUGUGAAUGGCGAGGAACUAAGAUAUCAAGUGAACUUUUGAUAUCGACGUUUGUGAUCAGGAAUCGAUAACGUUUACUAUAGUGGUAUCCCGAACAGUUACGUUUAGUUUUAAGCAACUACAGGAAGUCCUCUGACUUCGUAAACAGCUAAGAUGCAGAAUGGUCCAGAAAAAAGUUCCCUAGUUAAAAUCGAUAACAGUAAUUAUGGCUCCAUGGGGAAAAGAACUCGAGAAAACAGCGUAUCAAGCCUCAGAGGUGUUGUGUACUGUGUGCAUGGUAAACCUAGUGCAGGAUGCUGUACAGUUCUUGAGGGGGAGGUGUUAGAGAUGGAGGGCGAAUCGCAAAUAAACACCAGAGAGAACGCAGAUACAACUGAACUUAUUAAUAAACACUGCCAUUCAAAUAAAACGCCUGAAGUGGACAACCGGGCAAGAAAAAAACUUAUUAUGGCCAGUAUAUUAUGCGUAAUAUUUAUGUUAGGAGAAAUCGUAGGGGGAUAUUUAUCAAACAGUUUAGCAAUAGCAUCAGACGCAGCUCAUCUUCUAACAGAUUUUGCCAGUUUUAUGAUUUCCCUAUUUUCACUCUACAUGGCCAACAGACCUUCAACGAAAAAAAUGUUAUUCGGCUGGUAUAGGGCCGAAGUUAUUGGUGCUUUAACUUCAGUACUCCUAAUUUGGGUUGUUACUGGCAUCUUAGUUUAUAUGGCCGUACAAAGAAUCAUUUACAAAACUUACGAAGUCGAUUCCAAAGUUAUGUUGAUUACCUCUGCUAUCGGUGUUAUUGUUAAUAUCAUAAUGGGUAUAACUUUACACCAACAUGGACACACUCACAGUGGUGGCGAUGGUGGACAUCACGGGAAAAAUGAGGAAAAUAUUAAUGUCAGGGCUGCUUUCAUUCACGUCUUGGGCGAUUUCCUCCAAAGUUUUGGAGUUUUUGUAGCUGCUAUCGUCAUUUAUUUCAAGCCAGAUCUAAUGAUCGUGGAUCCAAUUUGUACGUUCUUGUUUUCCGUUUUGGUCGUUAUAACUACCUUUGCCAUCAUCAAAGACGCGUUAUUGGUAUUAAUGGAAGCAUUACCUAGAGGAGUUAAUUUCGAAGAAGUUAUGAACACAUUGCUGAGGAUUGAAGGAGUUAAAAGGGUUCAUAAUUUGAGAAUUUGGGCUUUAAGUUUAGAUAAAAUAGCAAUGUCAGCUCACAUAGCAAUAAGUUCAGGUACCAAUCCCCAAAAUGUGUUAAUGGUUGCUUCAAAAAAUAUUCAUGAAAAAUAUAACUUUUUCGAGAUGACCCUUCAAAUCGAAGAAUUCCAAGAGGCAAUGGAAGAUUGCACACAAUGUAGAAAUCCCUAAUUCUCAACUUAUUUAUUUUUAGUGUGUAUUUAUUCUGAUAUUUAUACGUUUUUUAGAGAAAGAUCUAAACAAUAUUAUAGAUCAAUAAAUCGUUUCUUUUUGUUUUU